UAAUAUAACCACAGCAUCAGGAACCAAAAUAAUGCAUAUUUGACCAAAAUGGCAAGGGUGGAUCUUUCCAUUUAUAAUAUAACCACAGCAUCGGGAACCAAAAUAAUGCAUAUUUGACCAAGAUGGCAAGGGUGGAUCUCUCCAGGAUUAGUCUCCGACCAUUCAAGAUGAGUGAUGUUGACGAUUUCUUGAUAUGGGCAGGGGAUGAUCAAGUGACUCGAAACCUCCGAUGGAAGACGUGUGGUUCAAGGGAAGAGGCUCUGGCCUUCAUAAGGGAUGUUUGCAUACCUCACCCAUGGCGUAGAUCAAUCUGCCUUGAUGACCGUUCCAUCGGCUUUGUUUCGGUGUAUCCUUGGUCGGGCGAUGAAAGGUGCAAGGCCGACAUAGGCUAUGCUAUUGGGACCAACUACUGGGGCCAAGGGAUAGCUACCAAAGCACUCAUGACUGCAGUGCCUCAAGUCUUCAAGGACUUUAACGAAUUGCUAAGGUUGCAGGCUUUUGUUGAUGUUGAGAACAAGGCUUCUCAGAGGGUGUUGGAAAAGGCUGGGUUCCUUAGAGAGGGUGUCCUCAGAAAGUACACUUAUCUUAAGGGGGUUGUUAAGGAUUUGGUUUUGUAUAGUUUUUUGUCAACGGAUGAAAUUACUUCUUGUGACUAGUUUAAUUUGUAGUAAUGUUUGGCCUUGUUUUGGUGCAAAUAAUGUAAAAUUCACUGUAAUAAUAUAUUUUUGCAUCUAUGUCCUUGGUUUUGUCA